GUUGCCCUGGAGACAAGCAAGGGGCGGAGCCUGCAGAUCUUUGUGACUCUCGGUAGGGUGUUGCCUAGGAGACGCGUGAGGGGGCGGGCCUGAAGGCGGCAGCCCUGAGGUCGGUCCUUCCGGCUGUCUGAGACGCGCUGCCAGGCGCGUUUCCGUGGAGACCGGCCGGCGUGCUGUGCUGCAGCCUUCCCGGCUUCUCCGAGAGGUCUGAUGGUAGCGCGAGUCCUACGACGCUACGUCCGGGUGUAGAGCAGGCCGCGGCUUCCCCCUAGGCCCAAAACUGCCCAUUGUUGCGCUAGGAGAAGCCGUUGCUACCGAGAUCCAGGAUCAUGACGGACCCUCUCGGAGACCAUCGCCCGCGGCUCUGCCCUGCGGUCGCUUCCUGAAAGGCUCCCGCGGCCCUGCGGCUGAGAGUGUUCAGUGGACACGGCCUGGCAGAAAGAUGGACAUGUAACCCAGCACCAGCUGUUGACCUGUCUGUCACCUUGAUGACUUCUCCUUUGGGUGCCUUCGCAGUCCAGUUCCCACAGCCUUCAAUCAGUGGCCUCUCACAGAUCACCAAGAGCCUGUUCAUCAGCAAUGGUGUGGCUGCCAACAACAAGCUCCUGCUGUCCAGCAAUCAGAUCACCACGGUCAUCAACGUCUCAGUAGAGGUAGCCAACACCUUCUACGAGGAUAUCCAGUACGUGCAGGUGCCUGUGAUCGAUGCGCCCAUUGCGCGUCUCUGCGAUUUCUUCGACCCCAUCGCUGACCAUAUCCAUUCUGUGGAGAUGAAGCAGGGCCGCACCCUGCUGCACUGUGCUGCUGGUGUGAGCCGCUCCGCUGCCUUGUGCCUCGCCUACCUCAUGAAAUACCACGCCAUGACCCUUCUAGAUGCCCACACGUGGACCAAAUCAUGCCGGCCCAUCAUUCGACCCAACAGUGGCUUUUGGGAGCAGCUCAUCCGUUAUGAGUUCCAGCUGUUCGGCAAGAAUACAAUGCACAUGAUUAACUCCCCGAUGGGACUAAUCCCAGACAUCUACGAGAAGGAGAUCCGUUUUAUGAUUCCACUGUAAGCCAACCCAACCAGCUCCUAUAUCAGGGUCAGCAGUACAGAUCUGUCAUUAAUAGUACACCAAGGU